AACAGUUCAGAACAAGAUGUUUUCCUGAUCUUAAACCUGACGUCAUUACUCUGAUUAGGAUUCCUCCCCUUGUUAGGAAGGUGAUGUUUUAUUUCUCUGCACUUUUUAAUUCAGUCUUUUCACCAUUGGGACCUGAUCAGAUCUGUGAGGAUGAUCCUUGUGUUGUUCCUGCUGUGUUCAGGAUUUGUUCACUUUGCAGCUGCAGCUAAUCGUUUCCGACGGUUCCACCUUAAUGACACAGUGCAACGCCAUUGGAAUGAUUCGUUAAAGAUAUGUGAAAAUAAUAGUUCCUCAUUUGUAACUCUGUACGAUAAGGAUGAUGUCGAGUCUCUGCAAGAAUUUCUUGAGGGUCAAGAUUAUUUCUGGCUCGGUCUUCGAAGGAUUCGAGAGAACGUCACCACUUGGUCGAACGGUGACCCUUAUACAUUCAAUCUAACAAAUGUCACUGUAACACCAGAGGAGCAAAGAUGUGGAGCCGUCGAAAAUAAGGAAUAUAAGGAUUUUGGCUGUAACAAGAGUUUACACUUCAUGUGCUACGAGGGAAAUAACUACCACCUUAUUGAUCAUAUGAAAAAGGACUGGUGUCAGGCACAGCAGUACUGCAGAAGACACUUCAAAGACUUAGUCAGCAUCCACAAUGAAACCCAAAAGAAACAAGUGGUCGAGGAAGGACGAGGCAAAACCUUUUGGAUUGGACUCCUGCACGAUGAAUGGGAGUGGCAGGACGGGAGCUGCUCGACGUACAGAACGUGGCUGGAAUACCCAGUACCAUCAGAGAAAUGUACAGCUCAGAACAAAUAUUCACCUGCGUUGUAUGGAUUUGGAUGUGGUAAUGAAGCAGGAUCACUUUGCUCCAAAGGCAAUGUGAGAAUCGUGGUCGUCAGACAGAAUUUAACUUGGGAAAGCGCUUUGGAUUACUGUCUCGCCAAUCACUCAGGCCUGGUGUGGAUUGAGGACGAGGACGAUCAGGACGAUGUCGUUGAAAUCUUACAAACCUUCAACGUCGAGGGUCCUCUCUGGAUCGGCCUGAGGCAGAAUCCUGUCUUCGGGUUCUGGAUCUGGAGCGACAGGACGGUGACCUACAGCCACUGGGAGAGGGACCGGACGCCGGAGAUGCCCUCGUCUGAAAACUGCGGCGUCAUCAACGUGACCAGCUCCAGGUGGCAGGAUGAAGACUGUUUCAAAUUACACCAAUUUCUUUGUGAGGAGGAGAUUUCUUUCAUUAACUAACAGGAUAAAGUUAUAAAGGUUAUUGAUGAAUGACACGUUUGAGAUGGAUUAGCUCGUGUUGAUGUGUGAAGAUGAUGGAGAUAAAAAACUUUAGAUUUUCCUUAAAUCCUCAGAUUCUUUAUUGUUGUCUGCCUCAAGUUUGUUGAAUUAAUAUAAUCAGACUGUUCUACAAGUGAUUUAAUGUAGAGUUAUACAUUUAUGAAUUUUGCAAUUGAUUUUAAGCUGUUUAUAUCCUCUAUUAUUAUUAUACUAUCAUUACUACUGUUAGUACUUCUACAACUAUAACCUAUGAUUGUGUGAAACGUUUGUGUCAGUCUGUUGGUAAUCAGAAUUGAUUUGGAUUGGUUUUAAUUUACGUUUAAUAAAAGUGUGAUUAUGUUUGCAUGAAACUCUUCUUCUGGCCUCAUCUACAGUGAUUAUUCAAAUAUAUAUUCUUCUUUUACAUUGAAAUUUAAAACUUUAAAUAAAUAAACAUGCAUUUCUCAAGAUUUUCUAUUCCUCUAUCUAAUUCAGUCGUUUAGCUGAGAUUUGGCACAACGAGGCAAAAUGAGCCACCAACACAAACAGACGAGCUCAUGGUUGAUGAAGUCUUUGUAUUUGUGACUUGAUAAAGUGAAGAAAGGUGAGUAUAUAGAAGACAUGUUAGAGCUGUAAUCAAUGUUCUCAU